AUGAAUGACGAUAAAAGUAAAAAAUCUUUAAAAUUUAAAACACUUGAUGAAAUUAAAAAUGAUGCUCUUUAUGAUUUAAAUCCUUUCUCAAAAAAACGACGAUCACAAUUAAAUACAUCUGUAACGACAACAACAGCAGCAGCAAUAUCAAAAAUAAAUGACGAGAAUAAUAUAGAAGAUCAAGUUAUUACUGAUUCAGAUAAUGGCGAUGAUUCAGAUGAUGAAGUUACAGGAGGAAUUAAUGAAAAAUCAAUAACAACAAGUGGACAAAAAAAACAAAAACAACGAAAGACAUACGCAUCAGAAUUAUUACCAAUGGGUUCUGGUGAUGAUCCAUCAAAAUCUAUGAUUUCAUUAUCAAAUUAUCUGAUGAAAAAACGUAAAUGGCCAUAUCGAGGAUGGCAUAAACGUUUUUUUGUUUUACAAAAUGGUUCAUUAAUCUAUGGAAAAUCAGAACAAGAAAUAAAACGUGGACGAUAUAAUGGUAAAUGUGAUAUAGGUUUAUGUAUUGUUACAUUUAUUCGUGAAUUACAACGAAUAAAUAUUGAUGAAACAAAUUCUGUAUAUCAUAUAAAAAUAAAAGAUAAAAAAACGUUUGAACAAUGGCUUGAACAAAUAGCUAUACAUCGGAAUAAUCGACAAAAAAUACUUGAACAACAAAGUCCAUUAAUUAAAAAAUUAGAUUCAUUUGAUGACAUAAAAAAUGAAAAUAAUACAAAUAUUCAAUCAUCAAAUGAUAAUACUACACCAUCAUCUGAUCGUUUAUUUUAUAAUGAUUUUGCUGAUAUUCAAAUACAAUUAAGUAGUCUAUCGGAUAUUCUUGAACAAAUUAAGAUCAAUACUACAAUAACAACAACAACAACAACAUCAAGUGUAUCUUCAAGAUCGAUUGAUGGUGGGAAGACAAGUGGUGGGCAUACACCAUCUGCUAGUAUAAGUAGUAUAAAUUCUUUUACAUUACCUGAUGCUCAACGACAAGACUACUUUGAAAUGUCCAAAAAAGUUUUUGAUAAUCUCAAUAAUCUGUACAAACGAUUAUCUGUUCUUGCUAUAGAACAACAGCAACAACAACAACAACAACAACAGCUAACUAACUCAGCAUCUAUCGGAACCAGUAAUACUCUUCAAUCAAUAUCAUCCUCAUCGACGAUUAUGUCUCGACAUGGAUCGAUUUUUUAUGAUGCGCCUGAAGCUCUUAGUUGUCUUAUUUUAAAUGAAGAUAAAGAUGAAAUCGAGAAAAUGUCCGAUUCUGACUCAUCAAGUUGUGGUGAUGAUGAAAGCCAUGCAGAUGAUAUAUCUCGUCAAUCAGCUAUUCCACCUCAAUUAAAACCACCACAAAUUCAAUGGCGUCGUUCAUCAUUACCAGCAUAUGCGCCAGAUACAUCGAAUAUUGGUUUAUGGAAUAUUAUGCGUAAAGCUAUAGGAAAAGAUUUAUCUCGUGUUGCUAUGCCAGUUAUAUUAAAUGAACCAUUAGGUUUAUUACAAAAAUUAUGUGAAGAAAUGGAAUAUUCAGAUUUACUUGAUCGUGCAUCACAAAUUGACGAUGGUCAUUUACGUCUUGUUUAUGUUGCUGCAUUUAUUGUCUCGACAUAUUCAUCAAAUUAUUAUCGAACUGGAAGAAAAAAUUUUAAUCCAUUAUUAGGUGAAACAUAUGAAUGUAUACGAGAAGAUAAAGGAUGGAAAUUCAUUGCUGAACAAGUUAGUCAUCAUCCACCAAUAAGUGUUUGUAGUUGUAUUUCACCAAAUUUUAUAUUUUCACAAAAAUUACAAGCAAAAGUUAAAUUUUGGGGAAAAUCAAUGGAAAUCUUUCCGGAUUCAACUAAUACAUUAAUAUUUCCAAAAUAUAAUGAAACAAUCACAUGGAAUAAAUGUACAAUGUGUAUACAUAAUGUUCUAUCACCAGAACGAUGGAUUGAUCAUUAUGGUGAUGUUCUUGUUGAGAGUUCAUUUGGUAAUAAAGCUCGAAUUAGUUUUAUACAGAGUGAUUAUCGAACACGUUUAAAUAAUGCAGCUGGUGAUAUUGAAGAUGCUACAGGAAAAGUAGUACAUAAAAUAUUUGGUCAUUGGCAUGAGAAUAUUUUUUGUGGAAAUGAUCAAACAGCUAAAUGUAUUUGGAGACAGAGCGCUGUACCGGAAAACUCUAAACAAUAUUAUGGUUUUACUCGAUUUGCUAUUGAAUUAAAUGAAUUGAAUGAUGAUCUUCGACAACAAUUGCCACCAACAGAUACACGUUUUCGACCAGAUCAACGUUUACUUGAAGCUGGUCAAAUUGAUCAAGCUGAAAAAGAAAAAGCUCGUAUUGAACAAGCUCAACGAUCACGUUCUUCAACUGGCCUAUGUCCAAAAUGGUUUAAACAAGAUGGUGAUUCAUUUAAUCUUGUUAAUAAUGAAGAUCCAUCACAUAAUUAUUGGAAAAAACGUGAAGAAAAUUGGUCUAAUGUAGAAUUUAUACAAUUAUGGUAG